CACCAUUUCCGCUUCCCAUAUUCCUCCACCUUACAAUACUUACUUCCCACACCACAUCAAUUUUCUGUGUGAUAUUCAAUCUUUUCUGUACGGAAUAUCAUUCUCUUGUACCCAUUACCAUUGCCAUAAUUUGUAGCAGACAGAAUAUUGUGAACAUCAGUCACAAUGAGUGACGCGACUUUGCCUCCACCCCGCUCCUCACCGCGCCCAGAAAUCGAAGCAAAGGAUCAUGUGGAACAAGACACCGUACGUACAUCUAGUGUACACCGAUCGUCCUCUGUGAUGGGAGAUGGCGCUGAGGUAUCCGCCGACAAUCAAACUGGCAGCAAGCAGAGGCGCAAAAGAACUAGGUAUGUUCCAAGCCGUCCAUCGCAAUGUCGAGUGUGCAAGCGAGUCUUGCAUUCCCACCCCUAAAUUUCAAUUGCAUUUGAGCUGCAUUUGAAUUGCAUGCGAAUUACAUGCUGACGUGGAUGCGCCAGGCCCGAAGACCAAGCUAUCCUCGAGGCCGAAUACAAACGCAACCCGAAACCGAAUAAGGCGGCGCGUGCGGAUAUUGUAGAAAAGGUCACCUUGAACGAGAAAGAAGUCCAGGUGAGUUUCCGCAAUAUAUACAAUGCCUCUCAUGGUUGGUGAAGCGUGUGUGUUGUUUCGUGGCUAACGUUUUGUUAGAUAUGGUUCCAAAAUCGUCGCCAAAUCAAUAGAAGAAAAUCGCGCCCACUUCUACCACACGAGAUCGCAGCAUUUGGACUUGGAGGAGGAAUGACGCCGUUAUCAUCCGACCCUAUUUCCGCAUCUUGUAGUAGUAGCCAGGGUGCCUCCGAUCGCGCAUCGAGUCCACGACAAGAAGAACCAAUUAACAGCCAAGAGGGUUUCACAAGUUCACAAGAGAAGGAGGAAUUCUUGGAUCCACGAAAUGACGAAGAAAGCGCCAGAGCAAUAAUCGAAAAUGAGCAACCUAUUCUAGAAAAGGAGGACUCAACUAUCCCAGUCGCAACUCCGAUUACUGAGCGUUGUGAGGAUUCGGUUGUUGCCACUAGCAGCACAAGCAGCUCAUUCUCAGAAUAUGUCUCAAAAUCGUUCUCCUCAACACCUGGAUAUUUGUCCAAUCGAUGGAAUUCAGUCCACGUAGGAAAUUCCUUUUCAGCACCUUCGUCCGCCCAGGCUACCAAAUUCACAACUCCACAAAGGUAAUUCAGUUGCGCUGGCACUGAGCUCCCCGCUAACUUAUUUCAGUACCACUGUAACCCAACCUAAUUCGUGUCCAAAGCGCGUAGGGGGUUCACAAACCUCUGCUCGGCCUACACGAGUACGACUAUCCAUGUCACUUGAUGGUAAAGCUGAACUUGUUACAACUGAUGCAUCUCCUUCACCCUCACCUCCCCGGCGCAUCUCUCCCCGCCCAUCUUCACCUAGCACUUUUACGCAACAAAAACGAGCGAGAACUCUUCAAAGAAGUCAAAGCGCUUUGCCUCUGAGCUUUCCCCCAAGAGAUUUUCCAUCGGCAGCAACAAGCGCUCAGCUACCUCCUCGGCUUCCUACAGGUAGCUCCAGAGAUAACCGAAUCUGGGAAUUCCGCCGUAACUUGGGUGUUCGCGAUGAGUUGACUGCUCAAGCUGAAAAUGAAUCGAAUGGCUCCGCUCUCGCUGCAAUCAGUCUUCUUCGCAAAACCAGUAAUUCAGCCCUCAAGACAAAUAACAACAAACGAAAUGCACCCCCCUCGAAACGUGAUAUCGGAACACCAGGAAAGAAACCCAAGUUAGGAAGAGCGACUUCAAGUCUUGCCAGGCUGCAGACUCCUGGUAAAGUCUCGCAAGAUACAGUACUCAAGCCCAAAGAUGGUGGUGGCUUGAUGAGAUCUCCCUCAGGAGAUUCGGAUAAGGAGAAUUGGACCCCUACUGAGAAUGGAGUCAAUCCUCGACGUCGACCAUUGCCUUCAGGAAAACCAACAAAAUCCAGUGUCCCAAGAACUGUGCUCGGUGAUAACCACACCGUUCCAACCCAUGCGGUCGAUUUUGGUGCUGCUAACAAGCGACGACGCAGAGCUAAGGAUGUUGCAGCUGAAGUAUUUGAGGAUCAACCGAUUGCUGUUCCCGCUCCAGGUGAUGAAGUGACGAAGUUUAUGCAGAGUGGUGAGAUUAGUCCAAGUAAGAAGGGAGAUUUGGAUUGUGUGCAGGGAUUGCUAUCUUUGAGCCAAGGAAAUUGGCGAUAAUGGGUAAAGUUUUGUGGGGUUGGGGAAAGGUUGCUUUUUUAGGAAGAAAACUGGAAGGUGUUUUUUGGUGUUGCUUGGUUUUGCCCGGGUGGGUGGAUUGGAGUGUUUG